CUCUACUGAGUGGAGAGACGGAGAAGUAGAUGUCCACGCCCACAGACCCUGGUGCGAUGCCCCACCCAGGGCCUGGACGUUCCCCUGGACCAAUUCUUGGACCUAGUCCAGGACCAGGACCAUCCCCAGGUUCUGUCCACAGCAUGAUGGGGCCAAGUCCUGGACCUCCAAGUGUCUCACAUCCUAUGCCAACAAUGGGGUCCACAGACUUCCCACAAGAAGGCAUUCAUCAAAUGCAUAAGCCCAUUGAUGGUAUGCAUGACAAGGGGAUUGUGGAAGAUAUCCACUGUGGAUCCAUGAAGGGUACCAGUAUGCGACCACUUCACCCAGGCAUGGGCCCUCCCCAGAGUCCAAUGGAUCAACACAGCCAAGGUUAUAUGUCACCGCACCCAUCCUCACUGGGAACCCCAGAGCACGUCUCCAGCCCUAUGUCUGGAGGAGGCCCAACUCCACCCCAGAUGCCACCCAGCCAGCCAGGGCCCCUCAUCCCGGGUGAUCCACAGGUGAUGAGCCAGCCCAACAGAGGUCCUUCGCCUUUCAGUCCCGUCCGGCUGCAUCAGCUUCGAGCUCAGAUUUUAGCUUACAAAAUGCUGGCCCGGGGCCAGCCCCUUCCAGAAACACUGCAGCUUGCAGUCCAGGGGAAAAGGAUGUUGCCAGGUAUGCAGCAGCAGCAGCAGCAGCAACAGCAGCAACAGCAGCAAUAG